AUGCCACUUCCACACGGAGGUGGUCUUGCUGCUGUGCUGGUGAUCAGCGUCGGCACCAUUCUUUUCUUCGGCGGCAGCUUCCUGUAUGAAUGGUACACGCAGCGGAGCGAGGAGCAGGCUAAAGAGGCUGAAACGGGCUACUACCGCCUGCCACCACCCAAGGACUGCUCAAGAGUGUGUGCAAGGGCGAUCGAGGAGGAUCGGCUCGAGCAAAGCCUGGAGGGGGAAUCCAGUGUCAAGCUACCGGACGCGUACAGCAACAGUCACCGCAGCCGCCGCGGGAUGUGCGUGUGCUGCUUUGAGAAACGCCAGCGGUUCAUGUUUGUGCUAUGCCGCCACAUCUGCCUCUGCGAGCCCUGCCUCAUUCAGGCAGCCCGAAACUACGAAGAAACGGUGCUGUUUGGGUUGUUUGAUGGCCCUGUGAAGAUGCCGUGCCCCGUGUGUCGCAGGGUGGGCUACGUUGUGAAGAUUUAUGUGUCUUAG